GGAAUUCGCAGUGUUAACAAUGUAAAAACUGCGAAAUUAGAAAGUCAUCUUAGCAAAAAACAAAUUUCUAAAAAUAUAGGUGACUUGUUAACGAAACUUUCACAAAGUACUUCUGAUCAUGCUCUAGAAUUGCAAAUGGGGUUAAUUAAUUUACCAAUAUCAGACUUGUCAUGGCAGGACCCGCUUGCUAGCCAAGUAAUAAGCGACCAAUCUGAUUUAAUUCUUAACCUGGAUAAGACGUCACUGGAUUCUUUUAUGGAGCCAUUCGAUAAAAUGAAAGUAGAAAUACCUCACAAUAUUCAAUAUUCAAAAUAUGUGUACUAA